ACAAUGGGGAACAUUAUUCCAAUGAGCUGGUUGAACCAGAUGUUGAUUUUAAGUAUUUCAAGUGCUACUAUGUCUUUAGUCAUACAAGAAUGGGCAGGUCUCACACCAUUAUCAAUCUAUGUAUCUGUAUUAUGGGUUAUUUUUACUAUAAUAAUGUCAGUGUGGUUCAGUUGUUUCUUACUUCAACUUGCAAUGAAAGCAAAAGUCCCACUUAACAUAGCAUUCCUUAAUGACUGGUUAUACCAAAAGUUAGCAAGAAGUCUGAAAUUAUAUGAUACUGAGGACAAAGACUACAAUCACAAAUGUGAUGAUAUCAUAAAAAUAAAUCAGAAUUUAAAAUCCAUAAAAAUAUUUACUGAUAAAAAAAUAGAUAUUGAAUCAAAAACAGAGAAAAUAAGUGGAAAGACAUCCUCCAGUGCUAGAAGUGUUUCUUCAAAAAGAAAGAAAGUGAUACGAGUAAAUGAUAUAGUAAAAGAAAUGAAUUCAAAGUGUAUACAAGUAUGGUAUAAAUCUAUUAGUAAUGACAAAUCAUUUCCUAAUGAAGCAAAAGAAUUACUUAGAAAAUUCUUGACUAAAUUGUUUUAUCAAAUCAUUUUAAUAGACAAAAUGAAACUUACCCAACAGCUAGCUAAUGUGUUACUAUUACAUUUUAAAGAAUAUCACAGAGCAUCACGUCGGGUAGAAAAGGGGGCAGCAAAAAGUAUGGAAGAAGCAUUCAAGUAUUUACAUCCUGGUUCUCGUAAUAUAUCAACUUUAGAACAUAUGCUUCAUAGAAUGAUCACUAUCUUAGCACAAGAAUUUUUACAAUGGGAAUUAACAAGUUCCUUGCCAUGUAAAUUAUUAUUAUCUAUUGUAGCAAGAAGAUUAUUAUUAGUUAUAGAUACAAUUAGUUCUCCAAAUUGGUUCUUUCAAAGUUUAUCAGAGUUACUACAGCCUGUAUCAAAAGAAGUUGCUGAAGUCCAAAAUAAAGAGAAAGAAAACGUAUUCUGCACAAAAAAGUUUAUAUCUGAUGCUUUAUGCAAUGGUAUAACAUCUUCAACAGCUGCUAUAAUUCCACGGCCACUACCAAAAUCAAAGUUGAACUCAUCCAUGAAAACUUCAACUGAGAAUAAAAAUAAUUCAGUAACUUUAAAUGAAAAAAGACCUAUCUUACGUUUAGACAAUUUACCUACAGAACAUAGGGGUCUUUGGUGUCAAAGUAUGUCGGAAGUGGAUGCUGACAUAGAUGAAGAGAAAGUAUCUCCAGUAUACGAAGAAACCACAGAUUUUGCUACAACAAUUGCUAGACUGAGAACUGUAUUGCAACAAAAGUCAACUGUGACUACUCCUUUACAAAUGGAAGAAAAAUCGUAUGUGGUUUACGAAGGUAGUCAAUUUACAAAUUUAAUGAUUCCUUGGACAGAGUUUCAUACAGCCCCUGAUGGUUCACAACAAUUACUUUAUUGUAUACAAUUUGAUGAUGUCGAACAACGUGGGGUUGACUUAUUUGAAACUACAACUGCAACUGUUAGAAGACAAUACCGAGAUUUUACUCAGUUACAUGCUAGUCUGCAAGAGAUGCCGGAAUUAGUACAUGUUAUGACAGAUUUAGUAUUACCAGAAGGUGGGCGCAUAGAGUUGGAAUAUUAUUUAAAAACUCUAACUACGCGUUUAGCUAGUGAAUGUCCACCACAGUUACGACAUUUUUUGCGACCAAACAGUAGCGCUGGUAAAAAGGCAGAUAUUGUUGCACCUCGCCUCGAUAGAUUUUUGGCCAAAACUGUAAGUGGAGUUUUCAACACUUUGAAGACAGUCGUUCCAGGGUUUGAAGUUGAACAAGAAGAAGAAAGCAUUCCAUUACCCACAUUGAUGCCCUUGUCUGAUAUACCAUGGAGAUUUGUCGAGGAUAUUAAAUCGAAAAGUCUGGCAAACGAACUGCAACAGCUAGUUGCUGAAAGAACUGAUUACUAUUCUGUAGACACAGCUUAUGAAGCUGUUGAUUCUAUGGAGGGUAGCAAUGAUACUGCAUUGAUAGCUCACUGGUUAGAAACGGUAAAAGACUGUUACGAAGAAGAAACAGAUGAAUUGGAUUCUCAUUUAACAUUAACAUGUGUCACUAUAGAUGUUAUUUGUGAGUUGUUAGCUGGUAUUGGAAGUAAUAACACAUUACAACAAGAAGCAGUUGUGAGAUGGACAAAAUUACUGUUUGGAAAUGUCACUGAAACCAUAUUACAAACUGCAGCAUUUCAAAUUUUUGAUUACUUGGGUAAUAAAACAAUUCAUGAUGUACAAAGCGAAAUUUCCGAUGAGCCUCUAAUGCAUGUAAAAGAAAGACUGUUGCAGGAAAUACUUACAAUAUCAAAUGAUGUGAGAUUCAUAUUUGGCGAGGACGAUACGAUAAAUAUUCUAAGAUAUCUACUUGGUUCUUAUGAAAUAAAAAAAAUUAAUGUUGACUUAAACUUACAGAUAUUAGAUGUUUUAGUAUCACAACUACUAAUUUCAUGUAGAUCAUCUAAUGACAAUGUAAUUUCUUAA